CAGCCCAGCCCUACAAUGUCUGGGUGGGCGGGCCGGGGCGGGGAUCAGGAGGGAGGGCGGGCUGAGUUCUCCCCGCCCUCAGGUCCCCAGCACCGGCAACGUCCUUGCCCGCCACAUCCCGCCAGUCUGAGCUGCCGCCAGCGGUAGGAGCAGCUUGCUGGGAGCCGCGCUGAGCUGAAGAGCGCAGCCCGGGUCUGAGAGCCAGAGGCUGGGGCUGCCCCCUCACCCGCCCCCUGAGGGCUCAACUGGCCCCCUGACCGCAUCUGUCCAAAGGCCCCUUAUUAAGACCUGUCAGCUGGAGUCCAGGAGCCAGAGCCCCGCAGGUGCCGCCUGGUUAGCCCUCCAGCUGCAGCCUGCGCACCAUGGGGUCUCCGGUCCAGAUCUUCCGCGGGGAGCCUGCCCCCACCUGCGCCCCAAACACUUGCCGGCUCCCUAACGACAGCGACUGGUACCCGGUCUGGGCAGAAUCAGACUACAACACAAGUACCGGCUCCAAAGACACAACGCUGGAGACAGCACACAUCUCCCCAGCCAUCCCGGUCAUCAUCACGGCCGUCUACUCAGUGGUGUUCGUCGUGGGCUUGGUGGGCAACUCCCUGGUCAUGUUCGUGAUCAUUCGAUACACAAAGAUGAAGACAGCAACCAACAUUUACAUAUUUAACCUGGCUUUGGCAGAUGCUUUAGUGACCACCACAAUGCCCUUCCAGAGCACAGUCUAUCUGAUGAAUUCUUGGCCAUUUGGAGAUGUGUUGUGCAAGAUCGUCAUUUCCAUUGACUACUACAACAUGUUUACCAGCAUAUUCACCUUGACUAUGAUGAGUGUAGAUCGGUACAUUGCUGUCUGCCACCCAGUAAAGGCUUUGGAUUUCCGUACACCACUGAAGGCAAAGAUCAUCAACAUCUGUAUCUGGCUCCUAUCUUCAUCUGUUGGCAUAUCUGCAAUAGUCCUUGGAGGAACCAAAGUCAGGGAAGACAUGGAUGUUAUCGAGUGUUCUCUGCAGUUCCCGGAUGAUGACUACUCCUGGUGGGACCUUUUCAUGAAGAUCUGUGUCUUUGUCUUUGCUUUCGUGAUACCAGUCCUCAUCAUCAUUGUCUGCUACACUUUGAUGAUCCUGCGCUUAAAAAGCGUCCGGCUUCUCUCCGGCUCCCGAGAGAAAGAUCGCAACCUCCGUAGGAUCACCAGGCUGGUCCUGGUGGUGGUGGCCGUCUUUAUCAUCUGUUGGACUCCCAUUCACAUUUUCAUCCUUGUGGAAGCUCUGGGGAGCACCUCCCACAGCACAGCUGCCCUCUCUAGCUAUUACUUCUGUAUUGCUUUGGGUUACACCAACAGCAGCCUGAACCCCAUUCUCUAUGCUUUUCUGGAUGAAAACUUCAAGCGGUGUUUCAGGGACUUCUGUUUUCCCGUUAAGAUGAGGAUGGAGCGACAGAGCACCAGCAGAGUCAGAAACACGGUCCAGGAUCCCACUUAUUUAAGGGAUGUUGAUGGGAUUAACAAGCCAGUAUGACUAGUCGUGGAGAUGUCUUCUUAUAGUUCUCUAGGGAGAGAAGAAUACAAUGACCUAGGUCUAACUCAGAUUACUACUGCAGUCUGAGAUGAAAAGAGCAUUUUCAUCAAACUUUUUAAAAUCUCCAGGUCUGAAAGUCAGAAAUGCAAACUGCAUUAGGGACCUAGAUAGUGGAAGCAGAGACUGAAGGGAUGAAACAUAAAAGACAACAGCAAAAAAAUGCAAUCUAGUUCUAGGGCAGGGAUGCAAGGCUGAUUCUCUGUUCUUGUACUGAACAAAGAAGCAAGCUGCUUUCUUUUGAUCACUCUAAUUAAGCUCAAGACUCAACAUCGCCUAUGGUCUUCUGCAAUGCAACUUCAGAAGCUCUGAUUAGGAAAGAGGAAAAAAAAGCACAUUGGUUUCAGAGUUUAGCGGCAUCCAAUCCAGAUGCCUCACCCUCACAGCAACAACUUUAGUGAGAACAAGGAUCAUUUCCAGGACCUGUGCCCUGAGCACUUUAUGAGGACAUGCAUUUCAUGCAUUUUUGUAUGCUGAAGAUUCUACCUUCAGUAUGACUUGGACCCAUACGUGCAGUAUCUAAUGUCCAUGCAUAAUAGAAAAUUAUCUUGACACUCAUGAGGCUAUUUAAACAAAGAAAGUUAUUUUAAACAUAGUUUACUUUCUUGAAAAAUGUAGUGUGUUCUUUAGCAUGCUAUUCAAAUUAUGUUAUAUUUAUUCCUGAAAACAGGAAACAGAGUGCUUUAGAUACCACCAAAAGUAUUUCUUUUUUAAAAAAAAAUAUUUAUAAAAAGGAAACAUUGACUAAACCAUAGGAUAAGAGGGGUACAACUGCACAUAAUUCCCACCAACAAAACUCUGUAUCCCAUCCUCUCCCCUGAUAGCUUUCCUAUUCUUUUACCCUCUGGGAGCAUGAAUCCAAGACCACCAAAAGCAUUUCUAAUUUCAUCUGUAAAUAAUGAGACAUGUUCUAGGUCUGGAGAAGUAGUAUAAUUGUUAUGCAAAAAGCUUUCGUGCCUGAGUCUACGAGGUCCUAGGUUCAAUCCCCAGAAUCAUGAUAAGCCAGAGCUGAAAAGUGCUCUUGUAAAAAGAAUGAAUGAAUGAAUGAAUGAAUGUAUACAUAAUAGUAUAUGUGCAAAUAAAGAAUGGGUUUGUCUUCCAGUCAGGCAGUGUGGGGAGGGCAUACCAAUGAUAUCCCCAAGUUUUUUUCAGAGUUGCUCUGAGACAUUCUUGAUGCAAUUUUUUUCAGAUUCCCUGAUCACUUACUUGUUUACCAGUGGUCAGAAAUCAUGUGUUAAUGAAAUACAAAAUGUUUCACUGGUUCCGGGUUAUAACCUUGGCACAAUUUAGUUUAUAUGCAACAUCUCCUUAGGAAUAUAUAACUGUUACCAGAUUCUCUCUGUUUUUCAUUUGUUCUGUUUUGCUUUUCAGAGAAGGAAGAGAGGGGACCAGGCAGUGGCACACUCGGUUAAGUGCACACAUCACAGUGCACAAGGGAGCAGUUUCAAGCCCCUGGUCCCCACCUAUAGAGGGAAACUUCCAAAAGUGGUGAAGCAGGUGUUUCUGUAUCUUCUGUAUCCUUUUCUAUCCUCCUCUCAAUUUCUCUGUCUCUAUCCAAUAAUAAAUACAUUUUCAAAAAGAGAGAGAAGGAAGAAAGAAAGAAAGAAAGAAAGAAAGAAAGAAAGAGAAAGACAGAAAGAGAGCUGAAAAGAGAAAGAGAGAGAGUAUUUGAGAGAAGAGACCACAGCACCAAAGCUUCCAUCAAUUCAGUGGGGGUCAGGCUUGAAUAGGAAAACAGCACACUGUCCAAGUUCAACUAUUUGAUGGCCCUAGAGUUUCUCUGUGUUUAGAGGGAAGACAUUUUGCCCAUGUCAAUCUCAAGAUAGGAUUUUGUGACUUUCAGCAGGAAAUAAUAUUAUUCCUAAUCAUAGACUAUGUGAAGACAUUAUGUCACUCAUAAAGUGGGCAUACCUACCUACCCUGUGUUCCGUAAAGAGCAUGCCUGCUUAGAAUAAUGCCACAAGAGCACAUCUGAAGUUAUUUUGCUAAUACUUCCAUAUGACAUCUAAAUUCUUCCUCUUCUCUUUUGAAAUUUGUGGUUUCAGAGGUAGUGGCUUUUUUUUUUUUUUUUUUUUUUUUUGCUAAUUUGGGCAGAAGAAAGGGAUAAUUUAGAAAUAAUGCCUCUUCAACUCUAUUUUUAGGGCAACAUUCUCUGGAAUAGAAGAGUGAAAUGCAUAGACCUAUAUCACUGCACCUAUAAAUUGUGUCCACUAUGCAUAAUUACUAAUGUAAUUACUCUUUUUAAUGUUACUUAUUUAAUUAUCAUUGGAUAGAGAGGGAAGGGGAAGAUGAAGAGUGAGAGACAGAGACAACUGCAGCUCUGCUCCACCACUCAUGAAGCUUUUACCCUACAGGUAGGACCAGGGGCUUGAACCUGGGUCCUAGUUAACUGUAAAGUGUGCACUUAACCAGGUGCACCAAUGCCUGGAUUCCGGUAAUUACUCUUUUUGGAAACAAACCUCACAUAGAAGUUUUCAUGUGUGACUUUUUUUCCCCCUAUUUUCAUAUCAGUAGAUACUAAUGAUAUAAGGUAGUAUGGUGAGAUUUUUUUUCUUCUCUUGAAAAUGAAAUAUUCUUUUGAUCAUUUUUUUUCUUGACCAUUUUAUUUGGGAGCUGGGGGUUUACAGUACAGUUGUUGACACAUGGGAACAAUUUAUCUUCUCUAUGUGAUAGGUGUCUUUAAAUCCUACCACCCUCAACUUAAGUCAUUUCUACUAUCAUACACCAAGACCACAAAGCCUUCCUUCCUCCUGCCCCUAGUCCUUGAGUCCUUUGCUUUGGUGCAACACACCACCCAAAUCUAGUCCAAGUUUUACUUUGUGUUUUCCUUUUUUCUGUCCUUGCUAAUUUCUGCCUAUGAAUUAGAUAGUCUUCUUUUGUUAAUUUCCCUAGGUGUACUUGCAGUCUUACAGCUAUUGACAAGAAUGCUUUAAAUAUUUGCUGAUGGUUGCUCAAUAGUUGAAAAAAUAUUGACACAGGAGGGACAUCUCUGUAGAGAGUAGUUUCAAGUUCAAACUCUGCUGGUGGACCUCUAUAUGUAAUAGUAAAAAUCCAUGAGAUUUUCAUGGAAAAGUUUUAUAUAGUACAAAAAAAGCAGAAACAUAAUGAUGCAAUGAAAUCAUAAUAAUGUGUGUUCUUUCUAUCCUCGUAGCUUCCAUUGUCAUUAUUAGAGUCUGAACACUAGGCUGGCUGUCCGCAUGUCCUCAUAACUAAGUUUGCAGUCCAAGAAGAGAGAAAAUAGCUCUAAGUACCAUGAAAAGUGUUCCAAACCUUCCCACUAUUGCUAACAUUGAUUUCCCUAAAAUGAGAAAGGACAAAGGACUGUCAUUUUAGGGCACUACUUUAAAGAAUGAUAAGGUGCAUCGUGAAUGUUAAGAAAAGUGCCAGGAGCAGUGGCACAUCUGAUUGAGCACACAUGUUAAAAUACGCAAGGACUUGGGUUCAAGCCCCUGGCACCCACCUGCAGAUGGAAAGCUUUAUGAGUGGGGAAGCAGUGCUGAAUGGAUCUCUCUCCCCCCUUCUCUCUCUCUCUCCUAUCCCUCUCAACUUCUCUCCUUCCGUAUCCAAAUAAAUAAAUAAAAUAUUUACAAAAACCAAAAGUAAAAAUACCACUUACACAGAAGUGCUUCUUUGUCAUGUGUAAAUGCAUGUGUAAAAAUAUGUGUGUGUGUGUAUGUCCACGUGUGUUCUUGUUCUCCCAUCACAGAAAAGAGGGCACUGUUCAUUCUGUCCUUUUGAACCCAAAACUGCAUACAUCCAACCUCAUCAGCAGUUCUCUCUUU